AUGGAUAAGCCUCAGGAAGUAGCUACCUUGGCAGAGGGUCGAAGGUUAUACGUGGUUCAGGGUCACAAGUUUGAGGUAACAAAAUCGUACCAACUUAUAAAACUAAUUGGAUGUGGUGCAUAUGGUUCUGUGUGUUCAGCAAUAGAUGAGGUUAGUGGCAACCGUGUGGCCAUUAAAAAGGUCUCUCGUGUGUUUUCCGAUUUAAAAGAAGGUAAACGCAUUUUAAGGGAGAUGGACAUUUUGACAACUCUUCAACACACCAACUUGGUACGCCUUCGAAAUUUUGUUCGUCCUUAUGGAAGAGAUGGUUUUGACGACAUUUACAUGGUUAUGGAUCUGUACGAUACUGAUCUGCACCGCAUUAUACGCAGCAGGCAGAAACUGACCAAUGAACAUUACCAAUAUUUUAUGAUUCAAGCGUUUCGAGGUCUUUGUUAUUUGCAUGCUGCAAAGGUUAUACAUCGAGACUUAAAGCCAAGCAAUUUGUUGGUGAAUGCCGAUUGUGCUCUUGCGAUUUGUGACUUUGGACUUGCUCGUGAUGACCAGUGGACAGCCUCAGAUGCUCUCACGGAAUAUGUUGUAACACGAUGGUAUCGUCCUCCUGAAGUAUUGGGAAUGGGAUCACAUCAGUAUACAAAUGCGGUGGACGUUUGGAGCUUGGGGCUUAUUUUUGCUGAAUUAAUGGUAGGUAAAGCAUUACUGCCAGGGCCUGAUUACAUUCGUCAACUCAUUAUGAUUCUGCACUUACUUGGGACACCAACAGCUGAGGACAUGGAAUUUCUUAGUGAUGAGGCCAGAAACUUUCUCUGUGCUCAGCCUCCUCUAAAGGCUCGACCAUUCACAGAGAUAUUUCCUAUGGCGACGCCGGAGGCAGCGGAUUUGCUCUCAAAGCUCCUUGUAUUCCACCCUACUAAAAGACUUACGGCAAAGGAGGUUAUAGAACAUCCGUAUUUUGCCAAGUUUAGGGACCCAGUGCAAGAGGCGGGUCCCAAAGAGCCAUAUGUAUGGCGACACAGCGAAGAACUUACUCCGGAAUCCCUUCGAGAUGAAAUGUGGCGUAUCAUUGUGGCGCAUUCGCCAGAGUCGUAG